AUGCAUCUCAUCGUAUCAUAUUGUGGCAAGGAUAUCGAAGUAAAACAGUCGCUUACGCAAUUCCAAAAGUAUGAGCAUCUGUUGGACUGCAUUUCCCUGGCCACAGGGAUCCUGAUUGACUCAGUGAUAUGCAUGACGAAAGAUGGCGUUCAAGUGGAUCAGACUGUGCUGGACCAACUCCAGACCUCUGCGGAGGACGUCCGUGGAGAGUGCUUCUUUAUCUUUGAUCGAGAGCUGUUGUAUGCGGACAUGGAAACGUUUGCGUCUAUGCUUGAGCUUGAUAUGGACGUCACGCCGAUCGAUCCAGUUCCCCCUAUACCUACGGCACCAAGUGCUCGCACUUUGGCUACCUUUCGUGGAUGGGCAAAGGAUGUUGAGCGUGUCAUGGACGCACGAGCCAAGCAAGCGCGCGAAUUGUACAAGAGUGUAGAACUGAUUCAAAAGAGUACCAAAGUGGCUUUGAUGAAUGUACAAAGCCAUGCCAGGAGUGUCAAGAAGGCGGCCAUGUCUCUCGAGUCGCUGGCUGCCACCGAUCUUGGGUCCAGAGAAGAAAUCCUGCGUCGUUAUCGUGAUGACAUUUACGUGCUGGGCCAAGUGCCUGUCCAUGAAAAUUUGCGAGAGCAAUGGCUUUCCGUCUCCGUGUUGUCAGACGGUGAUCAGAGUGUGAUGGCAUCCUCCCUCCUAGGCGACUUUGUGGAUCUGGCGGAUGUGGAAUCAUGCGCGUCUACGUGCCGUGCCUCUUUGCAAGAGAUCCAAACCAACUAUACCAAUACCAUGCAAACUGAAUUUCAGCUGCACGUGGAUCUUAACGAUAUCACCGCAGAGAUCGAGCAAACGGACUUGAAGCCCUCGUUUGAGUCCUGGCAGACUGUGGAACAGCAACUGCCUCUGCUGCAGUCUCUCGUUCAAAGUGUAUGUCAGCGAUGCGAGAGCAUGGGAUCCACAUGGUCUGCUGGAGAUGCACGUAUCAUGGACUAUGUAUCGAAACUCUAUACUGAUCUACACACUAUGUGCGACAUGGAUGCCAAAGCCGUACACGCCUUGGACUGUUUGAUUUCGGACCACAAUGAACUUUUACAUCGCCAUAUUAACCUUGUGCAGGACAUUAGUAGUCUGCAAAGUGACUUUACAGAUCUGGGAGCGACCAUUGCGGACGUGGACAGAUCGCUGCAAUUGCCCCUCGGCCCACCGUUCGAGCGUUUAGCUGGUCUACAGCGCAUUGUUUGGGCCUACGGCAUAACGUUGACAGAGGCGAUUCGUCGCGAUGAGUUUUCACGGCGUUUCUUGUCGAAGGCGCAGAGUUUGGCAGAGGUCAUGGCUCAAGUGUCCGAUCAAGAAAGCACAAGACGCAAGCAAUAUGCCACCGAUGUUGCCCCCUUUUUGCCGUGGAAGCCGCCGGGUCUGGAUACCGCACCACCGAUCUUGGAUAUUACGACUCGCCGACGUGAGGCCAGUUCUUGGUUUUCAUGUACACGCGACGAUGUGGAUAGCUUGGUGCAGCUGCUCGAUCGUUUGGAGGCCGAGUUGAUGGAACGAGCCUCACCUUGCCGUCCUGCUACAGAGACGCGAUUGGCCCUAGCACCAUGGAUGCAAGCGCUGGAACGCAGUGAAGAAGCGUUUGCACACGCAGCUCGUCGUGAGUUGGGGCUGGGUGGAUCGGAUGAUGAAGAGGAGGAGGACGACCUUGAGAGCAGUACAAAUUCUCAAGCGCCGUCAGCGCCUUCCCAAAUCAGUCCUAGCACGGACACUCUGCGACGUCAGCUGGAUGCGGCGCAAGAGCGUAUACGCCUCUUGGAAUCAGAGCUGCAAACGCGAACUAGUGAGUGGCAAGAAGAUCGGCAAAAGUGGGAGCGAGCAAAGUGUGAGGCGGAAUCGCGUGCUCGAACGGCGCAGCCGAAGGACAUGGCCAUCGGGGAUGCACGACAACCGUGGAUCGAAGCUGUGGCACGUUUGCAGCGCUAUGUUUGUGAUCAUGCGACGUCGGAGAUCUCUGAGAUGGGCGACAUCAGUGACUUGGCGCAGCAAGAUCCAUCCGACGUGUUGGCUCGCGUGCAAAGCGUCAUUGAGUCCGAAAGAGCGCAGAUGCGACAGGGUCAGCAAGCAUGGAAGCGUACACGUGAAAAGUACAUGCAUAUCUCUGCGCUUGUGCGUACACAGGUAUGCGUGCACGAUUUUGAUGUGGGUUCCCUGGCCCUGUUUCUGCCUACCGCCCCCCAAGGCUGUGUGCCUCGUCGAUGGGCGGCCUUCCACGUGGGCGCGCCGCAUCAUUUCCUGCACAUUGACGACUCGCUAGCGACGUUCUUAACCACGCGCGACUGGCUUCUCGCGCGGAUUGCCAGAGUGGAACGUUGCGUGGCAGAUGCCGCCUCGUCGUCCUCGGCCGGCGUGCCACUCGGCACGCCGUAUGCCUUGCUUUCCGUGGAGGGAUGGCAGGAUCCGAAGCGAUUGGUCCAUGUGGCCAAGCUCGCGUCCUUGCCGCCCUCGCCGUCAUUGACACCGGCGCUUCCCUCUGGGACGACGUGCCCUUCGAAGGCGGAGCUGCAACGUUCUGUCUCGGCACUGGGCCGUAUGCCGUGGCGUGCCAAGAAAUCACCGGCCUUCGCGACGCCACGAGCGCGGUCCUUUGUCGAUUUGACCGUGGCGCCUCUCUGUGCCGGCAGCUCCCCCACGCACGCACAAGGAGAGUUUUCCAGCCCACAUAGACUCUCAUCGCCCCCGACAUAG